AUGCAAUUUCAAAGGUACGCUGACAAAUCAAUCAGCUGUGUCACCCACGUAUUAAUCCGUAAUUUUGAUUCAACAAAAGUUCGAUUUUACUCACAAGAUGGUGGCGACGCUGACGUACCACAGUUGAAAGAAGCCCCGGAGAUAGAAAUUAAAGACGUGGAGAAGUUAGUGAAGAACCCGCCACGAAUCAUCAUUUUGGACGUUAGGAGGCCUGAGGAAUUGAGAGAAGAAGGGAAUGUACCAACUGCUUUCAACCUUCCAGUUGAUGACUUGGAAGAUGCCCUAAAGCUGAACAAAAAAUUUUUCAGGGUGCUGUUCGGAUUUGACAAACCUGACCCUGACGAUCUGAUUGUAGUUUAUUGUAGGUCAGGUAAAAGCCGUUCGAUUCCCGACUGUGCAAUUUUCGAAGACAGUCAUGAGUGUGGCUGGUGUGGAAGUUACGGCAACAUGCACGUGUAUAUGUAUUGUGGUGUUAGUGUUGUCUCUAUAUCGACUCGUGUGGUGUGGUGUUGUAUGGACGCCUCGUCGAGUCGUGUAGAUUUAGCUUCAUUCGUUGUACAAUAG